AUGGGGAUCCUCAUAAAUACUGGAACAUUUCAAAAUCAACACGAACUUAAAGAUAUUCUUCAACGUAUUGAUGAAAUUAAACAAGAGCUUCAAUCAUUAGGUCAAGUGCUAUCUCAGAAUAAUGUUAAUAUGGAAACAUCUUUAAUAGAUGCAGAAGGGUUUCCAAGAUCCGAUAUAAAUAUUGUUGAAGUACGAAUGGCAAGAGCACGUAUCAACAGACUUAAAAAUGAUUAUCGGGGAUUAACCGACAAUAUGCAAACUAUGCUUCAUAAUAUUAAUAUUUUAAAUAGUCCUCAAGUAGUUCAAGAACCUGUUUAUCAGCCUUUCGCAAAAGUUAAUUAUAUAAUACAUAAAUCACCUGCUGAUUUAGCAGGGCUUCAAGAAGGUGACUUAAUCAAAAAAUUUGGUACAGUCCAUGCAGGAAGUCAUGAUACAUUAUCAGCAGUUUCACGACUUGUGCAGGCUUCAGAAAAUAAAGAAAUAGAAAUAUUAGUUAUGCGGAAAAUAGAUACUAAAGAAACCGAUAUUAACCUUAUUUUAAUACCUCAAAAAAGCUGGGGAGGAAGUGGAAGCUUAGGUGCAUAUAUUAUUCCUAUAAAUAUAUAA